AUGCGGUUCACUGCGUCUCCGGUGGUGGAGCUUCCGGUGGGCGGCGCGGUGCUGACGUUCGAGCAGGAUAACGACUCCUUCGAGGUGGGCACCUCUGUGUGGCCCUCGUCCCUGGUCCUCGUCAAGUUCGUCGAGCGCUGCCUCCGCGACCCGGCCCUCCCCUUCGCCGAUGUGCUCCGCUUCCCCGGAACGCGGGCCGUGGAGCUCGGCGCCGGCUGCGGCCCGGCAGGGUUCGGCCUCUCCCGCCUCGGCCUCACCGACCUCGUCCUCACCGACAUCGCCGCCGUGCUCCCGGCGCUCCGCCGCAACCUGCGGCGCAACCGCGUCCACCUCCCCCGCGCGCCGCGUCUCGCCCAGCUCCACUGGAACUGCCCCGCGCAUCUCGCCACGCUAGCCACCCCGCGCCGCUUCGACCUCGUCGUCGCCGCAGACGUGGUCUACGUCCAGGAGUCCGUGCCGCACCUCAUCGCGGCCAUGGAUGCGCUCGCCGACGCCGAGCGCGGCGUGGUGCUGCUCGGCUACCAGAUCCGGUCGCCCGAGGCGCACCAGGCGUUCUGGGACUCUGUUCCGGCUGCCUUCCCGGUGAUCGAGAAGGUGGCACGGGAGCACCUCGACCCUGAGUACGCCUACGAGGAAUCCGAUGUAUACAUACUUCGAAGGAGCCCGCGUCACUGA